AUGAAUCCGAUUUAUACUUACGCUUUGAAGAUGGUGGUUCUCUCGGCAUUGUCCACUGGGGUCACUGCUAUCAUCAAGGGGAUCAAUCCGUCCAACCCUCCGUAUCAAACUAUGAAGGGCCAGUAUGGAUACAACCAAUGUGGCACUAGCGCUUCUCCCAGUAGUAGAUGCCAAAACGUUCACAUCAAAAGCGCUACAGACUUCUGCUUAUUUGGACCUCCAAGGUUUGCUGGAGUAUCUGAAACGGAGCGGGAGGCCGUUUCUUAUUGUACUAAACCCACGCACGGCACGCGAUUGAUUCCACCGGGCACUUUUAGUAGCGUGCAUUAUGUCUCGACGCCACACUACGUUCAGAUUACUGGCCGAGGCAAUUUCACCAAAAUAAAUGUCCCGGUCGAUGACGAUGGCGGUGAGAUGGACCCGAACAGUUGGGACAGCCGAGGAAACCCCAUCGGUGGUGUGGUAUUCGGAAAUGGUAACCAAUUCGUACAAUGGACCGAGUUUUUGCUCCCAGACGAAUUUUGUAUUCGUGCUUGUUACAAUGGCCCCGACGCGUGGAGAUAUUGCAAUCACGUUUAUGACUUGAUGGCUUGUCGAUGGAACAUCCCCGGUGACUACGGGCCAGGUUUCGAUAGCUGUAAGGGAGAUGAUGUUCCUCGCCCAAUGGGUGAAUACAAGCUUGCCAAUGGUUCAGUUUACACCUGGCAUCAAGAUGACGGGAAUCCGCCACCGCCGGGAGCACCAGGCAAAGUCAACUCCUGCUCUAACAUUGCUCCGCCGGGUAGCCUCUAUGCUGAUGUCAUCCAUCUGAGCGUCUCUUUGGUCUCACAUCCGUCUCUCUCUAUAUCAUCAAAACUGCAUUCUCGUUUCUCAAGCACACCUCGUGACGUUGCUCCUGGCGUGUCAUCUGAGUUAAGGUUCUUGACUCGCACCCUCAACUGUAUUGAGAGGGACAAAACACACAGAAAACGAUUAGGAAAAGCGAUGUUGGAUUGUGAGACUAGCGCAAAUGAAACCACCGUAGGCCUUGUUGUGAAGGCGCUCGAGAACAUGGCUACCAGAUACCACAUGGUAGACCUUCUUGCUGCCCAUAGAGAGCCUGUCUUGGAAGAUGACGACAUGGUAUGGGUUCACGAUAACUGGAAAUACGCCAGACAGGAGUCUCUAUCGACCGAUGAACUCAACACUCUGAACGCCCUCCUGUGCCGAGUGCAAACAAACUUUCUACCUUCACUACAACAACAACUCGCUGAUCUCUUGGGAUCACUAGACCUAGCCAAUCUACCAAACGAGCCGAAGCCAAAGCUUAAGGAUUCUCUAGACAUCAUAUCCCAACUCGCCGACACCGUGGCUCAGAUCAACGCUUUCGUCCAUUCCAUCGCCCCGAUCGCUGUCAAUCCAUUGCAGGACACCAGGCAUAUCGAUGGUACUUUUGGUAGUUUGAAGAGAUAUAGAUCUAGGAAACUGAUCGAUAAAUUCAAUCAUUUGAUUUGUUACACUAUCCAAUCAUUAUUCGACUCCCACCUCCUCUUUAUCCAAGCCAACUCGAAGCAUCCUCCGAUCAGUUCGCAUGGUGAAUCAUCUUUAAUUACCCUCGGGGAAAACGUGAUCGAAGCAACAGCUCAGUCCUCCGAUGCUAUCGACAGUAUAAUCAAAUGGUCAAAACAAUCCGAUCUCAGUAUUCUCCAAGACCACUACCAGGAACACGUUAAUCAUCUUGAUUCGACUCUGGCAGUCCUCAGUGAACAAAUCCUGUUAACAAAGCAAUCACAAAAACGCCUUAGAAUGAUUAAUGCAGGACAAUCAGACAUCGACCCUUCAAGAACACUCGAAGACCACCAAAAUGAAAAUGGGUCUCCGGACACCAAUCAACCUGAAAAUGAAAAUGAUUGGACAGAUGCCAGCUGGUCCAGUGGUCAUGCACAUGAUCAAUCUGGUACAAGCCUUUCUGCUGACUGGUCUGAAGCGAUUUCUCUAAGGCCGCAGCUUAUCAAGCUUGUCAAGACGACUAAGAGAUCCAAAGAAUCGACCACGAAGCUGGCUAUCUCAUUUUAA